AGUAAUCGGUGUGCCGCCACAAAAUACUUCCAAUAAGAAAACAUUAACUCAUACACAGUAAAGCAAUUUUUGGCGAAUCCUAACGAAAUUCAACAUUUAUUCCAAACGUACCAAAAAUGAGCAAAAAUCUGUUGCCAAAAGCGUUAAGAGUGCAAUAGAUAAACGCUACUAAAAGCAAGCCAAAGACAAAUUUGCCAACAGUGCAACUGUAUAUGUGGGCCCCACGGACAUGGAGGAGAAUAUGUGGAUAAUUGAGCUGGAAUCGGCGCUGCUGGACGACUGCAAUGUGAAUGAUAUAUAUAGCAUUUGCCAGGGCAAACAACUGCCGGAGGCAUUACGUCCGGAUGUGUGGCAAGUGUGCCUCGAUGUGCGCCACAAAAGCGAUCAAAUGUCGCUCUUCAAUGAGAUCUACGAUCUGCCAUUUCAAAGUCAAUUGCGUGAGGAUUGCCAACGUUAUGUGGAACGCAUGGGCAACGAUGAGGAGGACAAAGUUUCGGUUGUUUCCGAUCUGGAAUCGAUUAUGACCUUCUAUUGUAAAAAUCGCAAUUUGCAAUACGAACCCGAAAAUGGUUGGAUCGAGCUGCUUCUGCCGCUAUUCGCACUCAAACUGAAUCGUUCGGACACCUUCAAUCUGUUCGAAUCCAUACGGGACACAUAUAUACCGAAAGGCUGCAAGCCCAAGGGCAAUGUCUUCCAUGUAUUUCGUUUGCUUUUGCUCUAUCACGAUCCGGAGCUGUGCACCGUGCUGGACACCAAGAAGAUCACACCCGACCUCUAUUCCUUGACCUGGUUUCAAUCGCUAUUCGCCUCCUGCAGCAGUCUGUCUGUGAUUAUUGCCAUGUGGGAUUUGUAUUUCCAGAAUGCCGAUCCGUUUAUGGUCUUCUUUCUGGCGUUGAUUAUUCUCAUCAAUGGACGCGAACAGAUAAUGCUGAUGAAAAGCGCUUCGAAGGAGGACAUCAUCAAGUUUCUGAUCAACAUGCCGUGCGCCUUGGAGGUGGACGAUGUGCCCGACUUUUGCUCCCUGGCCCAAUAUUAUGCGCUGAAAACGCCCACAUCCUUCAAGACGGAUUACCUGAAGGCACUGUACGGCAAACAGAAUGAUACGCCACGCAGCCAGGAGGAGUCCAAUAAAGUAUCCCAAGCACUUUGUCUACCCGUCUCCGUCUAUGAGCUGGUCGAGAAUUCAGCCACUGAAUUCCCUGUACAGGAUGCCGUACGCUUCUUUCUCGUGGACUGCCGUCCAGCCGAACAGUACAAUGCGGGCCAUUUGUCCACCGCAUUUCAUCUCGACUGCAAUCUGAUGCUACAGGAGCCGGUCGCCUUUGCCACCGCUGUCCAGGGCCUGCUCACCGCACAGAAGCAGGCCAUUGAGGUCAAUUCGAACGCGGGCGGUGAGCAUUUGUGCUUUAUGGGCAGCGGCCGUGUCGAGGAGGAUCAAUAUACGCACAUGGUGGUGGCCUCAUUCCUGCAAAAGAACACACACUACGUGUCCUUACUGAGCGGCGGAUAUGCCUCCAUUCAUGACUACUUUGGCGAUCACAUGGCCGACUGCCUGGAGGAUCACAGCGUGAGCAAAUGUCUCGUGUGCCAACAACACAAUGUCAAACAGUCAAAAUCCGCACCGCUCAAGGCACCAGCAACAACGCCGUCCUCCACGGAUCUGUUUAGCAAAUUCUCCGCGGCCAUGAAAAGCAAAUCGGCCGAGGUCAAGGGCCGUCUACUGGACAUCAUUGUGAAUCCCAGUUCAAAUGGCGCCGCCAGCACCUCCAACAAUGGCGCCGCGCAGACCCAGGCCGCCCAGGAGCGACAUGUGAGCGCAAAGGAUCGCAAUGGGAAACGUUAUCGGAAUGUGGCGCCCGUCUUCAGCAUCGACGAUGAGAACGAGGAGACAUACGACGAUGGUGAACGGGAUACGCCGCAGGCGUCGGGCGUUAACAAGGAAAUUGUUAAUCUCAAUCAAUAUUUCAAGACGGCGGACAUUAUCAAUGCGUUCAAGUGCCGGGAUGUGCACAUCAAUGGCUAUAUGUACGAUAGCCAUCUGAUCAUAACGCCCACCCAUUUGGUGGUGUUGCGCGAAUUGGGACGCGGUCAGGCCCAGAUUAUGGUGCGCCGUCCACUGGCCAGCAUCGUUAAGAUCACGGCUAAGAAGCGGCAUCGCGAUUUGAUUACAUUCAAAUACGGUUUUCUCGACGGCGACGGGCUGCUCAUCACCGACAUGGACCGUUUCCUGAUACCAAAUGCCACCGAGGCCACUGCUCUCGUCUCCAAGCACAUUGUCGAGGUGCUCGAGAAUGCCAAAUAGAGCAUCUGUAGAGAUCAGGCCAUAUACAUUAGUCAGGCCACAUCCCCCCACGAACACACUUCUGUUCACACACACACACACACAGACAUGUGCAAUGCGUAACGCCCUGUUUCUAGUUAUAUUUAUUGGCAAUGUUUUCCUUCCUUCGAUUAGAUGACAAAUUGUAGUCUUAACCUUCUUUUUAUACGGAUCUUGUUCGAUUCAUAUUGCAAAUGUAACAUACGACACGAUACACAACGCAAGAUCGUUAAACUAUCUGACCUUUCAGCUCGAUACUUAAAUUAUAAGUGCAACAAAAAGAAAACGAAAAUAUAAUCCGAAAUACAUACACCUUAGAAGCCUUGAGACUUACAACAUGUAAAGAUUAUAACAAGAUAUUUAUUGCAACUAAAUGAGGUAUAAAUAAACAUGUAUUAUAUUCAAAA